AAUAGAGAACCUGAACUCUCGUGGAAAUGCCGGGGAACCGCCACUUGCGGGAGCGCGCGGCAUGCUGGGAAACGACCAUCGGGGAAUCCUUUGGCUGAGCAGCCUCCUGAUUCUCCGGGGACCCGAUCCGAGAAAGCGGGCUGGAUGGCGGAGUUCCGCAUCCCUCUCCCUGGAAUCCUUUAAGGGGCCCUGGGCGGGGAUCCUCUAAUAGGAAACCACAAUGGAUCAAUAUAGCAUUCUUGGCCGUAUUGGAGAAGGAGCCCAUGGCAUUGUUUUCAAAGCCAAGAACAUAGAAACUGGGGAGACGGUGGCACUGAAGAAAGUGGCCCUCCGCAAGCUGGAGGAUGGGAUCCCCAACCAAGCCCUGCGGGAGAUCAAGGCUUUGCAGGAGAUUGAGGAAAACCAGCACGUGGUGCAACUGAAAGACGUUUUCCCUCAUGGCACAGGGUUUGUGUUGGUAUUUGAGUAUAUGCUCUCUGAUCUGUCCGAGGUGAUCCGCAACUCUGAACAGCCUCUUACUGAAGCCCAAGUGAAAGGCUACAUGCUGAUGCUGCUCAAGGGAGUGGCUUUCUGCCAUGCCAACUCUAUUAUGCACCGGGAUCUGAAACCAGCCAAUUUGCUGAUCAGCUCCACAGGGCAAUUGAAAAUUGCUGAUUUUGGCUUGGCCCGAGUGUUCACCAGUGAUGGAGAUAGACUAUAUAGCCAUCAAGUGGCCACCAGGUGGUAUCGGGCUCCCGAAUUGCUGUACGGUGCUCGAAAGUAUGAUGAAGGUGUAGACCUGUGGGCGGUCGGCUGUAUCUUUGCUGAACUUCUCAACAAUUCUCCUCUCUUCCCUGGCGAAAACGACAUUGAGCAGCUGUGUUGUGUCCUCCGCGUGCUUGGCACACCUAAUCAAAAGACCUGGCCGGAGAUUACAGAGUUGCCUGAUUACAACAAAAUCUCCUUCAAAGAGAAGCAGCCCAUCCCUUUGGAGCAGGUGGUGCCAGAUGCUUCUCCGCAAGCAGUGCAGCUCCUGAAAGAGUUCCUGGUUUAUCCUUCAAAGCAACGGAUGCAGGCAGCCCAGGCACUUCUGCAUCCCUAUUUCUUUACGCCCCCUCUGCCGGCCCACCACUCGGAAUUACCAAUUCCCCAGCGUGGGGGCAAAAAGAUUCGUCAGGGGCUCCAGCACCAGCGUGAUUUCCAUGUGGAGCAGCCACUGGAAGGGUCAGUUGUAGAUCUCGAACUGGUGGCACCGUAUGUGAUUGAUGUAUAAAAAGAGAGUCCCCUUUUGCUCUCCUUUAAAGUCUGGCUUUUAUAACAUCUCCCGAAGCAAGUUUGGUUCUUCAUCUCGAGGCACUUUAAAUUCUUGUGGGAAGGCGCUGUGCAUUUAUUGGGCCUCUGUGUGAGUAACCACAAGGCAGUGACCCAGUGAUAUCACGCAGGUGGCUGAAAUGAAUCCAGGACUUUCAAAAGCAUGAAGGUGUUUUAACUUUUUCCACCAUACAAGGGCCUAUUGGAUGGCUGAAUUCAGUAGUUUCUACUGUAGAGCAUGCUAAGCUGCCACCCUGGAAGAAGGAGCAAGAAAAAGUCUUCUCUCCAAAGACUCACAAAACCCAUCCUGUGGGGAACGUGACAAAACUCUCUCCUGAUAGUCUUCCUUUUUUCCAAUGAUUUUCUAAAAAAAUUAUUCACAAAAUUAAACUCCAAACAAUAUAAAAAACAAUACACAAGAACAAAGCAAAGCUACAUAAGACAUGGAAAUAAAUGUGCAUUUUUAAAACUGCAUAUACAUAGUUUGUUCUGCUAUUCCCCCUGACCACAUUUUCCCUCCUUGGGAUAACAAAAUAAGGCUUAAAUGUAUUCAGAGGAACAAGGUCUCUGAUCCUCUGAAGCAGAGUAGGGCCCAAAAGAAAAGGCCCAAUUUCUUUCUUUCUUUCUUUCUUUCUUUCUUUCUUUCUUUCUUUCUUUCUUUCUUUCUUUCUUUCUCUCUCUCUCUCCCUCCCUCCCUCUCUCCCUCUCCUCCUUUUUAUGCAAUGGCUGUUAUAAAGGUUGAUAAUUAAACAGGUAAGCAAUCAAUUACAUUCCUGGGCUGUUUAUUGAGUUAUAGAUUUGGGGGGUGAACCCUGAGGAGCAUGGUAUCCAAUGGGAAUGGCUUGUUGGGAUCUGUUGACCAAAUUAAGAAUACUUCUGAGGAUUUCUGCCACUAUCCCAGAUCAUGUCCUUAAGACCUGGCCUGAUUUAAAGAUCAUCUGCCUAGAUUUAACUCUGAUGAAGCAGGGAUUUUGUGGGGAAGAGGAAAGGGGAGAAAAUAAAGAAAUAGUUGAUGUUGUAGAAAAAGAAAGAAUAACAGUUCCCCAGGUUCACAAUCACUGAGGCAAAAUCCUGACUUAUCAAGAAAAAAAAAAGUAAAAUGAGCAGUCAUUUUUGAGUCUUCCUGGACUGCAGAAACAACAGCUAGUUUACAUACGCUCAUGGCAAUUGCUCUGUUUAACAAACUUGGCUGUGUGUUUGUGUAUAAAGUUAGGCUCAGCUAAGAAGCAAACACAAUUGUUAAACUCAAACCAGGCUCCUGCAAAUAGUUUUUCCUCCUUCAACUUUCAAUUGUAAAAUGGGCAGUAACCUAUCCCCUCAAUCAGUG